ACAAAAUUGAAAAUAGAAUUUACCGCUACUUUGAACUUUCCUACAUAGAAUUUGAUUACAAUAUUUGUUUGUGUUUAAUGUAACCUAGAGAAAGUGAAAAAAAUACGUAUUAAUUGUUGCAAUUUGUUUACUGGAUAUUUCUGGGAUGUGAAUUAUAAUACUGGUCCUAAAAAGAUUUUGAGCUUAAUUAAAAGUCUCUUAGCAAUAAUAUUAAAGACAGAUUUUUUUAAUUGCCAUACAAAAUCGUAUUACUUAUGUUAUAAACAACCACAAAUAUGCAUUUAUUUAACUGUUUAUCCUGAGAAAAGUCAAGAUACUAGAUCGCAUAUUACUGUAUUUUAAAUUUUAAAACACCAUGUCGGUUAUAGUUAUCGCAGUCGGAUCGGAAAGUGGUGUUCCUAUAUUUUCAAGAAAACGCGGUAAUAUAGAUAAUGUGCAGUUUUCCACCAUUGCAUCUCUACAUGGCAUUAACAUGUUUAGCAAAUGUCACAAUUUAUCAAUGAUUAAUACACAUGUUGAUAAUGGAUCUAUUUUAUGGAAAGAGUAUUGUAAGAGCAUUACACUUAUAGCUAUUUCCACAGGAGGUUUAGAAUGUGAUCUUGAACUUUUGUUGUCAUUAGUACAUGAUGUUAUGAUAUUUUGUGUUGGCAAGAAGGAGUUGGAAAACUUUAAGAACAUAGAUCAAAUAAAGAGGGAAUUGAGGCAAUGCUAUCCUAUCUUAGAUUAUUUACUUGAAUCAUUAGAUCCCAACUGUGUUCCACAAACUUCCAUGCUCUUGGAUUUAAUUCAAAGCAUACUGUGUCCACAGGCACAGCAUUUACAGCAAGUAUUAGAUAACUAUGCAGAGCGAGUAACUGGGAGAUGGGCUUGUCUCAGUAUUCAUGGACACUUAGUCGCAACUAGUUCAGAUUUCCAUGAAUUAGACUCUCGGGAAGCUAAAAUUCUUCUGUUAUUGGCAGCAUCACAAGAUGGAGCUCCCCUACGGGAAACACCUGUCUAUUUACCAAACAUGAGCCCUAAUGUAGCAUUCAGAGCAGUCACAUGCAAACUUCUAGCUGAUGUGUAUGUUCUCGUGAUAUGUGGAGCCACACCUGCACUGUCGCAAAUUGAUGAAAUUGUUCUACAAUGUUGGGAAAGUUCUACACAUCUUAUUAAGGAAGCAAAAUUGAUUUAUCCGAGAAAUUUUCCUUUGAGUAUAACAUUUGAGCCUUGCAUUCUGGGGUGUUUGGUUAUCAAUGUUAGUAAGAAAAGGUGUGUGUUCUCUCGUCACCUUCAUAACAACAAUCAAAAGAUAAGAAGUAUGUCUGGUGUACACAGAAUGGAUAUUUUGAGGACAUUCUUCAUUACAACAGCAAGAGAUCUAGCUCCCGAGUUAAAAGUGAAAGACGGUGAUGAAAAAGACAUUAUGAGUACACUGCCUGGAAUGUGUGAAACAUUCUGGUGUUCUGAAUAUCAUAAAUGUCAUGCUCACAGGUCAGGAAAUCUUAUUGGUUGUGUCCUGUAUGCUCCUACUAUACCCACACACACUAUGAGAUUAUUGACCAGCCAGAUGUUACAAGAAAUUGGAAACUGUAAAGAUGUAUAUUGGUGAGAAAUACAGGCAACUAUUUUUUGUCUCCCCGCAAGAAAACUGUGAU